CCAUUGGCCCGUGGGCGGGUGCUUCCGCUGACAGGUUAGGUUGUGGCGGGCGUGCGGCCCGUGCCCGGGGUGGAUGGAGUGAGCUCGGCGGUGGCGUUUCAUACUUUGUAAGCUGCAUACACCAAACCAAAGAUGACGAAGCUAGGAUUCCUGCGAUUAUCGUACGAGAAGCAGGAUACUCUGCUGAAGCUGCUCAUUCUGUCCAUGGCAGCUAUACUCUCAUUUUCUACAAGGUUAUUCUCUGUAUUGAGGUUUGAGAGCGUUAUCCAUGAGUUUGAUCCGUACUUUAAUUACCGCACCACUCGCUUCCUUACUGAAGAAGGUUUUUACAAGUUCCAUAAUUGGUUUGAUGAUCGAGCCUGGUAUCCCCUGGGCAGGAUUAUUGGAGGAACAAUCUAUCCAGGUCUUAUGGUCACGUCCGCUGCUCUCUACCAUGCGCUGCACUUCUUCCACAUCACGAUUGAUAUCAGGAACGUCUGCGUGUUUCUGGCUCCUCUCUUCUCAUCUUUCACCACCAUUGUCACUUACCACUUAACAAAAGAACUGAAGGAUGCUGGUGCUGGCUUGUUAGCUGCAGCUAUGAUUGCUGUGGUCCCUGGCUACAUCUCCCGGUCAGUGGCUGGAUCCUAUGAUAAUGAAGGGAUUGCUAUCUUCUGCAUGUUGCUCACAUACUACACUUGGAUUAAGGCUGUGAAGUCUGGCUCCAUCUACUGGUCUGCUAUUUGUUCAAUUGCCUAUUUCUACAUGGUCUCCUCUUGGGGUGGUUACGUGUUCCUGAUUAAUCUGAUCCCACUUCAUGUACUUAUCCUUAUGCUGACUGGACGAUUUUCUCACCGGAUCUAUGUGGCAUAUUGUACAGUAUACAGUCUCGGCACCAUUCUCUCCAUGCAGAUUUCCUUUGUGGGAUUCCAGCCUGUCCAAUCUUCAGAACACAUGGCUGCCUUGGGUGUCUUUGGUCUGUGCCAGAUUCAUGCCUUUGUUGAUUAUCUACGUAGCAAAUUGAAUGCACAACAAUUUGAUAUCCUUUUCAAGAGUGUCAUCUCUCUGGUGGGCUUGGGCGUUAUGUCUGCAGGAACUGUGCUGAUGCUGACAGGCACGAUAUCCCCAUGGACUGGCCGUUUCUACUCUUUAUUGGAUCCUUCUUAUGCAAAGAAUAACAUCCCCAUCAUUGCCUCUGUCUCUGAGCACCAGCCCACCACCUGGUCAUCAUAUUAUUUUGACCUGCAACUGCUUGUCUUCAUGUUCCCAGUGGGUUUGUACUACUGUUUCAACAACCUGUCAGAUGCUAGGAUUUUCAUCAUCAUGUACGGAGUCACCAGCAUGUACUUCUCAGCUGUGAUGGUUCGGCUUAUGUUGGUUCUGGCCCCGGUCAUGUGUAUUCUCUCGGGAAUUGGUGUCUCUCAGGUCCUGUCCACGUACAUAAAGAACUUGGAUAUCAGCCGUCCUGAUAAAAAAUUAAAAAAGCAGCAGGACUCCACUUAUCCAAUCAAGAAUGAGGUAGCAAGUGGAAUGGUGCUUGUGAUGACCUUCUUCCUAAUUACCUACACCUUUCAUUCUACCUGGGUGACCAGUGAGGCGUAUUCAUCUCCCUCCAUCGUGCUGUCUGCCCGCGGAGGAGAUGGAAGCCGGAUAAUCUUUGACGACUUCAGGGAGGCAUACUACUGGCUCAGGCACAAUACUCCAGAGGAUGCCAAGGUGAUGUCAUGGUGGGAUUAUGGUUAUCAGAUCACAGCAAUGGCCAAUCGAACCAUCCUAGUGGAUAACAACACCUGGAAUAACACUCACAUCUCCAGAGUUGGGCAGGCCAUGGCUUCUCCAGAGGAGAAGGCCUAUGAGAUCAUGAGGGAGCUGGACGUAAGCUACGUUCUGGUCAUUUUUGGAGGCCUCACAGGAUAUUCAUCUGAUGAUAUAAACAAGUUCCUGUGGAUGGUGAGAAUUGGAGGCAGCACUGACACAGGCAAACACAUCAAGGAGCACGAUUACUACACCCCCACAGGAGAGUUCCGUGUGGACAGGGAGGGCUCUCCCAUCCUGCUCAACUGUCUGAUGUACAAAAUGUGCUACUAUCGUUUUGGUCAAGUCUACACCGAAGCAAAACGCCCACCUGGGUAUGACAGAGUGAGGAAUGCUGAGAUUGGGAACAAAGACUUUGAGCUUGAUGUUCUAGAAGAGGCGUACACCACGGAACACUGGCUGGUCCGUAUAUACAAGGUGAAAGAUUUGGAUAAUCGCGGUCUCUCAAGAACGUAAAAGGCACAAAGCAGCCAUGAGUGAUAGCAGCACUGAGGCCUUGUCCUGUGAAGCUGAGCUGUAUUAUUUUUUAUAUACACUAGUUUGGGGAAAAAAGGAAGAGAUCGGAAAGUUUGUUUACAUGUUGCUUCCUAUCCGCGGCAAUCUGUCUGAAAUGUCUAAUUGGGUAUAUGGUGAGUGACCAAAACAUUACGUUGACUUAAGUUCUUUCUGCAGUGGUCAAAUAAAGGGUUCAAAUGGACUUGGAGA